AGCGCGGCUGCUUUUCACUGCAUUCAAAACUUAGCUUCACCUUCGCCUUCUAUCAUAACGACUACUCUUCUUCUUUUCCCUCGCCGGUUGUCCGAACCUCUCUUCCCCACCGAUCCCUCCAUGUUCAUCCGCCUCCGACUGUGCGGCUUCGUUGCGCGGAACACGUACUUCUCAUCCCCGCGCACUAUCAGAUUCUUCGCCACUUCUCUUAUACAUCCACAAAAGACCAACGACAUCACAACUAUACAGACCUCAAGUCUAUUUAACGCAUAUAACAAGAUGGCCCCGAUUAUGCACCGCAACCUGACGGCACCGGAGCUGGUGGAGUGGGCGCUGAAGCUGGAGAAGGACUCCAUGCUGAGCGCCCGCGGCGCGCUGUGCGUGCUGUCGUACGCGAAGACCGGCCGCUCGCCGGCGGACAAGCGCGUGGUGGACACGGCGGACGUGCACGAUAACGUGGACUGGGGCAGCGUGAACAUGAAGCUGAGCGAGGACUCGUUCGCGAAGGCGAAGAAGCGCGCGAUGGAGUUCCUGAACUCGCGCGAGCACCUGUUCAUCGUGGACUGCUUCGCCGGCCACGACGAGCGCUACCGCCUCAAGGUGCGCGUGAUCACGACGCGCCCGUACCACGCGCUGUUCAUGCGGUGCAUGCUGAUCCGCCCGACGCCCGAGGAGCUUGCGAACUUCGGCGAGCCGGAGUACACGAUCUACAACGCCGGCCAGUGCCCCGCCGACCCGUCCGUGCCCGGCAUCACGUCGAAGACGUCCGUGUCGCUGAACUUCAAGACGCGCGAGGAGGUGAUCCUCGGCACGGAGUACGCGGGCGAGAUGAAGAAGGGCAUGCUGACGGUGAUGUUCGAGCUGAUGCCGCGCCAGAACCACCUGUGCAUGCACGCGUCGGCGAACGUCGGCAAGACGGGCGACGUGACUGUGUUCUUCGGCCUGAGCGGCACCGGCAAGACGACGCUGUCCGCUGACCCGCGCCGCAUGCUGAUCGGCGACGACGAGCACGUGUGGACGGACCGCGGCGUGUUCAACAUCGAGGGCGGCUGCUACGCGAAGGCGAUCGCGCUGAACCCGAAGACGGAGGAGGAGAUCUACAACGCGGUGAAGUUCGGCGCUGUGGCGGAGAACUGCGUGCUGGACAAGGUGACGCACGAGAUCGACUUCUACGACGAGUCGAUCUGCAAGAACACGCGCGUUGCGUACCCGCUGGAGCACAUCCCCGGCGCGCUGAAGCACGCCGUUGCCGGGCACCCGCGCAACGUGAUCUUCCUGACGAACGACGCCUUCGGCGUGAUGCCGCCCGUUGCGCGCCUGACGCCGGAGCAGGCGAUGUUCUGGUUCAUCAUGGGCUACACGGCGAACGUGCCGGGCGUGGAGGCUGGCAGCCAGCCGGUGGCGAAGCCCGUGUUCUCAUCGUGCUUCGGCGCUGCGUUCCUCGUGCGCCACGGCACGUUCUACGGCGAGCAGCUUGCGAACAAGAUGCGGCAGCACAACGCGAGGGCGUGGCUGCUGAACACCGGCUACGCUGGCGGGCGUGCGGACCGCGGUGCGAAGCGCAUGCCGCUGAAGGUGACGCGCGCCGUGAUCGACGCGAUCCACGACGGAAGCCUGGACAAGGAGGAGUACGACGUGUACCCGGGCUGGGGCCUGCACAUCCCGAAGAGGUGCGCGCGCGUGCCGUCGCACCUGCUGGACCCCCGCAAGGCGUGGAAGGACGUGAAGGCCUUCAACGAGACGACGAAGGAGCUGGUGGGCAUGUUCCAGGCGAGCUUCCAGAAGCGCUUUGCGGCGAAGGCGAGCGACGCGCUGAAGUCCGCCGUGCCCAAGUACGUGGAGACGGCGCACCUGUAG